AACGCGGUGGGAGAGGAGGUAGAAAGACUAGGUUGGGGGAGAAGACUAAGGCAGGCCCUAAGAAAACCUCCAAAAAACCGCGGCUCAAGGUCAGGAACAUAGACUGGGAUGAAGGGUGGGAUGCAUGCCCAAGAAAAAAAACGGCAUCUUAGAAUUUAUACAGCACCGCACACCACUAACCAGGCCCGCAACCACCCAGCCUCCUGCCCUGCGCCGCUGCUAAACUGACCUCUCCCCUGGACCCAAUCCCGCCGCACCCCGAGUCUCUCCUUUCUAAUCCAUUGUCUCGGUCCUCAUCUGCUCCGGUCUCGCAACUGCGCUCCAUUGGUCGAGCCUGAGCCAGCAUGGCGGCGCCCAUGUAACACGGUUUGUGCCGCGAAAGGGACGGCGGCCGUGGCGCCGGCCCCGCGCGGUCACAAGUCACCAUGCUGAGGACGGCGUGGAGGGCGCUGAGGUCGCUUCGGACCCAGGCAGUGGCCCAGGCCCCAGUCCUUGGGCUGCCGGGCGGAGCGUGUGCCAGGCCUCCCUCCCUCCAGUGGGGCCUUCCCUCUCCUCGCGGUGUCAUCCUCCCGGCCGUUCGCGGAUAUGCCACCCAGAAACCACCAGUCCAGCCCAGCCAAGAAGAUGACCCGCCCCCUUCCACGCUGCUCAAAGACUACCAGAACAUUCCUGGAAUUGAGAAGUUUGACGAUGUCGUGAGAAGACUCUUGUCUUUAGAAAUGGCAAACCAGAAGGAGAAGCUAAAAAUCAAGCAACAGCAGCUGAUGAACAAGAUUGUGGCAAACCCUGAGGACACCAGCUCCCUGGAGGCUCGAAUUGUUGCUUUGACUGUCAAGAUCCGCAAUUACGAAGAACACAUGCAGAAACAUCGAAAGGACAAAGCCCACAAGCGCUAUCUGCUGAUGAGCAUUGAUCAGAGGAAAAAGAUGCUCAAAAACCUCCGGAAGACCAACUACAGUGUCUUCGAGAAGAUAUGCAAGGAGCUGGGGAUUGAGUACAUCUCUCCCCCUCUGUACCACCGGAAAGGCCACCGACGCUGGGCAGCCAAGAAGGCCCUGUGCAUUCGGGUCUUCCAGGAGGUACAAAAGCUCAAGAAGCAAAAAAGGGCCUUAAAAGCUAAAGCAGCAGUGGCCCGGAAACAGGGCCAGAAGAACCCAGAGAGCCCUUCCAAAACUGGACCAGAAGCAGUCAAAGAAAACCAAUAAAUUUUAUUUGAGUUCUGUC